GCCGAAUACCUUCUCUUCACCUGAUGUUUAAUUCCCCGGUGUCAUACGGUCUUACCGCACUCCUAAACUUGUCUCAAAUUUGUUUAAUUAUUAUAACAUAUUAACAUCGCAGAAACACGAAAAGCCUAAUUUCGAGCUUUAACAAUGGCGAGACAAGCCAGCAAACUCUUUGCUGCCUUGUCUUCCAAGAUUCUCUCCUCUAAAUCAUUUAUUUCUUUUUCUUCUUCUUCUAUUCGUCAAAUUCGCCACUUUGGUUCCUCUCCCAGUAAACCUGCGGUUUUCGUCGAUAAGCAUACUCGCGUCAUCUGCCAAGGUAUUACCGGAAAAAAUGGUACCUUCCAUACUGAACAAGCCAUCGAGUACGGCACCAAUAUGGUUGGUGGUGUGACACCAAAGAAAGGUGGUACCGAACAUUUAGGGCUACCAGUUUUCAACACUGUUGCUGAGGCAAAGGCUGAAACUAAGGCCAAUGCUUCUGUGAUCUAUGUCCCUCCUCCUUUUGCGGCAAGAGCAAUCAUGGAAGGAAUUGAAGCUGAGUUGGAUCUAAUUGUGUGUAUUACUGAAGGAAUCCCUCAGCAUGACAUGGUUCGUGUUAAAGCUGUCCUUAACACGCAAUCUAAAACCAGGUUGAUUGGUCCAAAUUGCCCUGGUAUCAUCAAACCUGGGGAAUGCAAAAUAGGCAUCAUGCCUGGUUACAUCCACAAACCAGGUCGUGUUGGUAUUGUUUCUCGCUCUGGAACGUUGACUUAUGAAGCGGUAUUCCAAACAACUGCAGUUGGGCUAGGGCAAUCCACUGUUGUAGGAAUUGGUGGGGACCCUUUUAAUGGAACAAAUUUUGUUGAUUGCAUCGAGAAGUUCAUUGCCGAUCCACAGACGGAAGGUAUUAUUCUUAUUGGUGAAAUCGGGGGUACUGCUGAAGAGGAUGCUGCAGCUGUGAUCAAGGAAAGUAAAACUACCAAACCUGUGGUUUCUUUUAUUGCUGGGCUGACAGCACCACCUGGCCGGCGCAUGGGUCAUGCUGGAGCCAUUGUCUCAGGUGGGAAGGGCACAGCACAAGACAAAAUCAAGACUCUUAGAGAAGCAGGUGCCACCGUGGUAGAAUCUCCAGCUAAGAUGGGUACAGCGAUGCUCGAAGUUUUUAAACAGAGGGGUCUUCUAAGUUAGUUUGAAAGAAAUCCAAUUCCCUUUUUUGGUUUCUUCUUAAUACAGUGGCAUAAUACCAUUUGCCUCCUGAUUGUGAUAUGAAUUGUGGAAGGCUCUUCCGGCAUCACCUGCUGAAGAACGAGGCAACAUUUUGAUCCUAUAUGAAUAUAUAUAUCUUUGCCUUUGUUUCCGUUGGAUUUCAAUUCGGGGGAAAUCUUCGGGAUUCAAUGUAAACAUGUGACAUUCAAUUGGUCCUCAUCGUCAUCAUGAUGAAAUGCGAAAUAUAUUCUGACGCCUGAGAUGAAGAAAACCAAAUUAAUAACAUACAAGAGGAAGAACAGAAGUAUAUCGGGAAACUUGACAUUAUGUAUUGACAGUUGACAUGCUAAUACUUUUUCUGUUUUAAAAUACUUGCAAAAUUAACUUUUGCACACAAUUUAAUGCUUUAAUUUAAUUCUUUAUAUCUCUAAUUAUGUAUAAUAAUAAUAAUAAUAAUAAUAAUAAUAAAUUAUAAAAAUUUAAAAUUAUUAA